AUGGACAAAUACAUGGAAACUGUUGUGGAAUGGGUGGUCGCCUCUGUCAAGGCGCAACCUUACGUUUGGUGUGCGACUACCCUCACCUUUCUCAUCGGCGUCCAAUUAGCGUUGGCAGCCUCUAUCGCCCACGGAGAUGAAGCCACUGUCCGAAGGCAGCUCACUUCUCUUCAGAGGAUUGAUAUCGAUAAAUCACAACGGUCUGACGUCAAGGGCCAGUUGACAACCGUCAGCCCUGUUGCAUCAUGCGCCUCUGUCAAGAUCGACACAGACGCUCACCCAGACGCUCACACCACAUACAACAACUGCUACAUGCUAGCUAUUCAAACCCCCGAGAAGGAUGCACAAGGCUACACCAUCUGGAAAUCCAUCACUCAUCAAGACAAGCCCGACCUCUCCAAAGUCAAGACCGAGAUUUGGAUCCCGAAACCCAACGCUGACAACAACGACCCAUUGGUUCGAUCCGGCGGAUGCGUCAUCAUGUCGUUCCCCGAUCCCAGUAUCCCGGGCUGGCUCAACGUUGUGGCUGGGUACUUGGGCAACUCGGUUACGACUCCGCAGGUGGCUUGCAUCCUGCCUCUGAAACCCACGAAAGAGGAGCUUGAGGAGCAUAAACUCAAGAUGAGACCUUUCAAGAUUGACGGAGAAGGUGGAAAAGGCCUGGAUAUGGAAACGUUACCUGCCGUGUCAGAUAUUCUAUCCAGACUGAAACUGUUUCUCGGUGUUCAAGAUAAGCAAGGAAUUCCUCAAGGAGUCACUGUUUUUAAGCGCGCCUAG